AUUUAAUUCUUGGUGUUUGGCGGGUGGCGCUAGUACUUCCCUUUUUGUUUCAUUGUAGAAUUUAGAAAUGAUAAUUAUUUCAUUUAAUGAAACAAGUGAUCUUGAAUCUUAAGUGUGAACCCUACUGUUUAUUACUUAAUCCUCUUACCAUAACGCUCUAUAAGAAUGCCCAAUGACAAAGAUGGACCAUUGCCUGAAGGAUGGGAGAUGAGGAAAAGCCGAUCAACAGGUAUGGCUUAUUUUCUCAACACUUAUACGAAGAAGUCUCAGUGGGAACGGCCUGACGCCCCUGCAGACCCAGGUGAGGUCAGAUGCAGCCACAUUCUAGUAAAACAUGCGGGUAGCCGUCGUCCUUCCUCGUGGCGUGAAGAAAACAUCACUCGUAGUAAAGAAGAGGCACUGGAAAUCCUAAAGGGAUACAGAAAGCAAAUUGUUGCAGAAGAAGCAACAUUUGUUGAUAUUGCUUCAAAGUACUCUGAUUGUUCUUCAGCUAAGCGUGGUGGUGAUCUUGGUCUGUUUGGUCGAGGACAGAUGCAGAAGCCAUUUGAAGAAGAGGCUUACAAGUUAAAAAUCGGUCAGCUUAGCAAGCCUGUCGAAACUGACUCUGGAGUACAUAUCAUUCUCCGAACUGCUUAAUUUGUCUUGAAAUGAUCUUAUAAUUUUGCAAGGUUAAGAAUGACAUUUUUAAUUAAAGUAAUGUAUAAAAUUAUUAUUGCAUUAUAGCUUUAUACAUGUAAUAGUAUAAAGUAGUUAAGAAAUAUUUUUUUUUGUAAGGUUAAUAAUGAGCCUGCCCCGUACUGUCUAUAUAAUAUAAGCCGCAAAAUAUAAUACACUGCCAACAAUUUUUUACCAUUCAAAUCAUUAUUUUAAAGAAACAUCUUAAGUUAGACUUUUUAAAUGCAUUUGAGUCACAUGAUAUUUGAAAAUGUGUGUACUAAAAGAAAUUAACAUGUAUUCCAAGCCAAGGAUUCAAGGCCAAGCUUUAGAUCACAAGAUGUGUGCAAGAAAAGUUGUAUCUCGGGAUAUAGGAGGUUUUUAAUGUAUGUGCAUAGUUAAUAGUCACUUUAAUACUAUAUUAUAAGUUAAAUGUUGCUACAUUAGUAAAGUUCUUUGAAUAUUAGUAUAAGUUUCUGGCAAGGGUGUGGCUACAUUUAUAACAUUUUUAUAUUAUUUAGGUUUUUAAUAUAAUAUGAAUGUAGGCAAACAGUUUAAAAAAAUUAAUUGAAAGCAGCCAAAAAGUUGUUAGCGUGUAACUUGUAUACAAAUUUUGUCAGUGUGUAUGUAAUGUAUACAUAAGCUUGUUUUUGACUUUUUGAGCAAUAGCUUGAAAAAUUUAAUGUUGUACAGUUGGCGCCAUUACUCUUAAUGAGUAAGAAAUAUUUGUCGAAAUAAGUGGCUUAAAUUAUACUGGUACCUAAAACUUCAUUUCUAGAUAUUAUAAAGUAAUAUUUAAAAUGUUACACUCCUAUUGAAUUUCAUACUUUAACUGAGUAGUGGCGCCAUCUGUUUUGCGAUUAGGUAAAAUAAUAAUUUUGAACAUCUAGUUAAGUGUAUGGAUUUAAUAAAUUUCAUGUAGAGGAA